AUGUCAUUUAUUUACAUUAGCAAUAGAUUAACCUGCGUGCCACUAAAGACUUCAGUUUCAGGAGAUGAAGUUUUAUUUCAAAAUCAUCUAACAGGAUUUCGCUGGUUUUUCAAUUUAAACUACGAUUCGAUGGAAGAAGUUGUCGAUUUUGUAAAUUUUUCGAACUAUAAUAGAACAGUUGUUAUGCAUAAUGGCGAAUUUCUUUGCCGAGUCGAAGUUCCCGCAGAUACACUUUCUCGAUCAAUUGUAUACAUUACAUUAUUUAAAAAUGCGUACUUAUCUUCAACACCUGCUACAAGAAAUUUCCAAAUUAUGACUUAUAAAGAGCAAUUUAAAGAUUUUACCGUUAAACAAAAAAAGACCAUCGGGCAUUAUCCAAUUGGCGUUUACUACACACAAGUCUGGUACCAUUGGGGCCAUAUGGUACACGAUUUUAUUAAUGCAAUGAUGUUUGUCCCAAAGGAGAUAUAUGACAGGGGAUUUGUUGUUCCCACACUACGUACAGGCUAUGCAGCUACUUAUGAUUUCCUUUAUAACAUCGGUUUGGCUGAUAAAAUUAAAUUAUUAGAUUUAGGCGAUGGAAAUCAAGUUUUAGUCGAUGAAUUAUAUAUUUUAGGUACUACGCACUAUGCACACGGAUAUAGCGUAGGUGGUUUUCAAAGAUUAAGAAAACUCGUAUUUAAUCGUUUUCAAUUGAACGGAAUCAAGCCAUACAAAUUCUGCAUAAUCAACAGACCAGGGAAGACUCGCUUGAUACAUAAUAUCAAGGAAUUACUCCAAGCUUUAACAGAAAAAACUAAAAUUGACGAAGGUCAGAAAUGGAUCAUCGAAGAUUCAAACGUUAGUGAUUUUAAUGCAACAGUUAAGCGAUGGAGUACCAUUAAAAUGGUUGUAACUCCUUCUGGAUCCGGAAUUUACAAUUCAAUUUUUAUGCAAGAAAAAACCGGAAUUUUAGUAAUGAUGACGUUCAUGAUGGACAUGCCGAACAUCCAUGUUGCUGCAAUUAGCAAUAUUUACAUGAUCGGUGUUGGUCAUAAGAAAUUUGGCCAUGAUUUUAUAGAAGCAAUGCCGUGCGAUAUAGAUAGAAUGGUUUUAUGCGCAAAUAGGUUGAUAGAACUCUUACAAACAGGAAAUCUUAAUAUGGACCAGUUAUAUUAUCCUGUUCCUCCAUCAUGCGAGAAUCUAUCACCUGCAAUCGAUCGGUUCGUUUAA